UUGCCGCAGUCGAGUCCGAGUUUCGAGUCCGUAUCUCUGAAACUGAAUCUUCAGGCUACGGUCGUGUGUCAACAGUGUGUGUGUGAGCCAGUGCUUCUGUGUCUGUGUUAGCCAUCUUAGCAGGGAGUCCGCCCGUGAAAAAGAACCCAAAACCCAACAGUUGCCAAUUGAAGAGCCGCAAUGACGACCUACAUGAAGAUUGUCGAGGAGCGUAUCUCCGGCCUUGCGAAAGGCGUGGAUGAGACAGUGGACAGCUGGUUUCUGAUGAGCUCCCCUGCCCCCGUGGUGGGCGUCGUCUUGGUUUACCUAGCUUUCGUCCUGAAAAUCGGACCCGAAUACAUGAAGAACCGCAAGCCCAUGGACCUCAAGCGCAUCAUGGUCUUCUAUAAUGCCUUCCAGGUCUUGUACUCCAUUUGGAUGUGCCGCACGUCCAUCCAAGAGAGCAACGUUAUGGCUUCUAUCUUCUCGAAGAAGUGCGAGAUCAACCGCACCAGGGAGCAGAAUCUCACCCUGUACUCCGGCGCCUGGUUCUACUUCUUCUCGAAGAUCAUUGAUUUGCUGGACACGACGUUCUUUGUGCUGAGGAAGAAGGAUAACCAAAUCUCCUUCCUACAUGUUUACCAUCAUACGAUCACCGUGCUCUUCUCCUGGGGAUACCUGAAGUACGCUCCUGGUGAGCAGGGAGUGAUCAUUGGCAUCUUGAACUCUGGAGUGCACAUCAUCAUGUACUUCUACUACAUGGUGGCCGCCAUGGGACCCCAGUACCAGAAGUACCUGUGGUGGAAGAAGUACAUGACCAGCAUCCAGCUGAUCCAGUUCGUCCUGAUCCUGGGAUACAUGUUGACUGUGGGAGCCAAGGGAUGCAACAUGCCCAAGACACUGACCUUCUUCUUCGUGGGCAACACGAUCAUCUUCCUUUAUCUGUUCGGCAACUUCUACCGCAAGACCUACAAGAAGGCCAAGAGUUUGGAUGGUGGCAGCACUCGCACCACUGGCAGCAGCUUGGCCCAAUCAGCAUUGAGAGCCGCCGGUGGAAUGGGUUGCAUGCCACAGACGAUGAACGCUGGAAAGCAUAGCCUGCAGAAUGCCCAGCCUGGAAAGGUGUACCUCGACCUAAACAACAACAGCGUGAAGCCACUGAAACUGGAAUGAGAUCGAUACUUGAUGGUAUCAUUGGGUUUCAGUUAGCAAUUAUGUUUUUUUAGCGCGGGGUUUAGUUAGUAACUCUUACCUUUUACCUUUACCAUUUAUCAGUAGUCUGUAGUCUGCGAUGAAUAACUUGUAUAAUGUUUAUAUAUGCCGGGCAGGCGACGAUUAAAAUCCAAAAAGUAGCUAGAACCCUAAGUGUGUGAAUGUGGCCAAGUUUGACUGAGUACGUGUUAAUGUUUUUCUAGCCGAGUGUAUGUGCAUGUAUGUGUGCUAGUGUGAUAGAGCUUAUUAAUGAAAUGCAGCCGUAAAUCGUUUCUCGAAACAAGAAGAAUUCAAUAAAAACUUUGAUUUUGUAUAUUUAAUAAAAAGCCAAA